AUGACUCUAUGCGAAGUGGCCACAGCCAAACAUCACUCGUUACCCUUGGAAUGUGCCUCGUAUUGGAAGGCCCUGUCCGAGAAGGAGGAUAUCUUAAUUCCCUUGUCGAGAAGCAUUCAGGGCGAAUGUGUCGAUUCUCUCGCAAGGAGCGCCCAAUUCUGGUCAAGCUACUCUGGCUAUCUACGCGAAGUCCCGCAAUUAUGUUAUGAAUUUCGACGAGGAAACGAUAUCGAUUUUGCCAGAAGCAUAUACUACAACAUCACUGUUGAGAAGCUAAAUCUUGUCCGCUUCAUCUUAGAGAAAGAGAGGAAGUCGGAAAGAUAUACCGAAGAAUUGCGGCAACAAGCCGAGAAAAUACAACAUGUAUUCCUUGAAACUAGAGCGCUUUCUGGUGAAUUUAAAUCCACGGCAGACGACAUCGUCAGUCACCUGAAUGACGAGUUUAAUGGAACUUUCAAAAUUCUCCGAUCCUGGGCUCGCGAUCUCUUCAACCGUAGAGAUGAAGCAACGGCACAAUCCUUCGCUGUGGUCCGUAAACUUCGUGGCGUGGUUUAUUUUGCUCAUGAAUGUUUUAAGUUUGAAAAUGCAUUGAACAGUCAAGUUCGUCGGCACGCCCAGGGGCUUGACGAUCUGCUCUCAACGAUACAGUCGGCUUUCGGGUAUCGUCUUGACGGGUUGCUUUCUCAGCAAGUUGCCGCCUAUGAGCAUCUUAGCUCCGUUUCAACGGAAAUGGAACGCCGUUGGUUAACCUCGACCAAUAUAUCGAUGGCGUGA